UAAAUCGAGGUGGGCGGACCAGAGACACCGGCGGAUUAAACCUCGAGCAUCCUGUUAUUUUUUAAAGCCGCGCCUCAUAUAGAAACGCUCAGGGAUGGCAGGAAGCCCUGAUCACCAACAAGGGGAUGAAGGCCCUCAGAACACAAUCAUUCGCCUUCAAAGCUACUUACACGGAGGAACCUCCAGCUUGCUGUCAACGGUCCCCACCGUAUUUGUUUUUCCCGUCUACAAGACCAUUUUCCGUCAACAGAUCCACAAUGCCUCAGUGCAGCAAGCGGUGGGACAGCUCUAUAAAGAGGGUCCUCUAAAGCUCUAUAGGGGCAUGGUUCCACCACUCCUGAUGCGGACCCUGAAUGGCACUCUUCUCUUCGGCCUCCAGGACACACUCCUCCGUCAACUUUCCCUGUCAACCACCACCUCGGCCGCUGCCCUACCUGCUCUGGCUGGAUUUGGGGCAGGUAUUGUGGAAGCUGUGGUCUUCACCCCAUUCGAGCGAGUUCAGAAUGUGCUGCAGAAUGGCCACAAUGACAAGCAUCUGCCGUCCUUGAGGAGUGUUCUCAUGAAAUUGAAAGUAGAAAGGAUAAGCCAGGGCUAUUACAGAGCCUUCCUGCCCAUCGCAGCCCGCAACGCCCUCGGCAGCUCCCUGUAUUUUGGCAUGAAGGGGCCUGUGUGUGCCAUUGUGGCGGGACAGGGACUCUCUCCCAUGACCUCCUCAUUCGUCUCAGGAACGCUGACCUCGAUGGUAAUCAGCUUGACUCUGUACCCUCUGUCUGUGCUGGUAGCAAAUAUGCAAGCACAGGUGGGAGGAGAGGUUAAGGGUGUCAUUGCAUGUUGGAGGCAGCUGUGGAAAUCUCGGAAUCAUAGCUUGGUUCUGUUGUAUCGAGGAGGGACCCUUGUUAUCCUAAGGUCAUGCAUUACGUGGGGAAUCACCACAGCUAUUUAUGACAGACAACAGAAAGGAUCCUCCUGAACGUGGAUGCUGAAAGUUAUUCUGCAUCAACCCUACUUCUCAUUAAGUGCAAAUAUAAUAAAAGACUUUGUUCUUCUGAUUUAGUAGGUUUUUGAAGUCUAGGCCUUUCUUACAGAAGAAAUUCUGAUUCGUCAGAGUAAAACUCAGGUGUUCCAUAUCUCAGUUAAAAUUACUCCUGGACCUGUGACUGUGUUAGAGCCGUUAUUUGCAAGAAAGCUGAUGAUUGUUUUCACAGGAAACUGAGGUUUGAUGCAGUGGGAUACCUUUGUGCAACUUGUACAGAGAAUUAAAUGUUGAAAGUAUUUCUCAACAAAAUAACUCUUGGAUAGGAAAGUUUAAUAGUGAAUGUUAUGUCAAUUGCAAGUGAAACAACAUUCACUUGAAAUUGAAAUUAGUGUUAUUUUACUGGGGGUUUUUUUUUGUUUGUUUUUUUACACUUCCUUUCUGCAGUUACUCUGACUGGCAAUGCUAAAUUCAAGUUCAAGGUAUCUGUGUAUUGGUGGAGCACCAGCUCCUAGAUCCAGUUCCUGUGUAAAUAAUCAUCAGUUUCUUUGUAUUUAACCACCCAAUGCAAACAUGGUUGAUGAAACAUCAUAGAAAAUUUUUUACGUUUUUUUUUUUUUUUUUUUUGUCAUUGGAGUUGUAUAACAUUAAAAAUUUGAUUUAUUUUUGGACCAACGUGGCUCCAACCUCUGGGACCAAUUAAUCUUGAUUUGUUAUGAAUGAAUGAAAUACAAAGAAAAUGAUGUUCUGCAUGUCAAAUAUG